AUGCUUACUAGCUCGCUAGGGUUUCACUACAUGAUUCAAUGCCUAACCGGCAAGAAUGUCUCUAGAGACCCCAAGUCCCUGGACAUCCCAUUCGUCAUGUCUCUCGUCUGCUUCCAAAUCAUCUGGAACAGCGUCUUGAUCUUGGUCAACCCAGUUGCACACCGAAUCCUGAAGGUUUCAUGUUCGUUGUAUCAACCUAAGCGUUGCGACCAGAGUUAG